UCAGCACCUCAUACUGACUGCAUGAGAGGAAGUGUUUUGUAGCCCCACUUCCUUUAAUCUGAGAGAAGAGCACACAAACAUCUCAACAAGCAGCAGGAAGAGACACACCUGAUCUUUCCUUAAGACGAAGGAUAGGGACUUUCCAUCGAUCUCACAAUGGCUAGUCAAGGUACUAAAAGAAAGCGUGAUUGUGGAUCGAGCGUAGAGUCACCGCUGACAGCAGAUAUGGAGAUCAUGGAGAAUGCAAAGAAAAUCAUGAAAAGUGUCACUGACAACUUAGAUCAAUCUUUCUUGAUGUACAGAGACAUCAUUUCAAAGAUAAAUCAAAUGGAUGAAGUCAGCAGGAAGAAAGCAACCAUGGGGAUUUUUGGAAAAUCAGGAGAUGGAAAGAGUUCCCUGCUGAAUGCAGUCCUGGAGAAAAGGGAUUUUCUGCCGUCUGGUAGUUAUGGUGCAUGCACAGCCAUUAUUACUCAGGUGGAAGCCAAUCUGACUGACUCCAACUACAUAGCAGAGAUUGAACUCUUCUCUAAAGAGGAGUGGGAGAAAGAGCUUGAAGAUCUUUUCAACGUUUUGUCGGAUGAAAGUGACGACGUGGAUGAUGACUUGAUUGAAACUGCUAAAGAAAAGAUCUCUGCACUUUAUGGAGCUGAUGCAAAAAAGAAAACAUUAGAAGAGCUCAAGAAAGAUGACAAAUUUGCUGAGAUUGAAACCAUUUUGUCUACCACUAAGAAAACAAUCUCAAACACUGAUGUCUUUGAAUUUACCGACGAUGUUGCAAGUUACAUACAACACAGUGAGUCAAGUCCCGGUGACUGGUACUGGCCGCUUGUGAAGAGUGUGACGAUCAAAAUCCCAGAUCGUCAUGAACUUCUGGAACACGUUGUGCUUGUUGAUAUUCCUGGGACUGGAGACUGCAACAAGAUCAGAGAUGAUCUGUGGAAAUCUAAACUGAGAGAGUGCUCUUUUGUUUGGAUUGUGAGUGCUAUCAAUCGAGCAAUCAAAGACAAGGAACCCUGGGGGAUUUUAAAGUACUGUACUGAAGAAUUGGGACCAGGAGGAAAGUGCAAACGCAUUAAUUUCAUCUGUACAAAGACUGAUGAUAUCAAUCUACAAGGCUAUAUUAGAUCUGCAAGGCUUAGAAGAGGCCCACUCACAAGAUACAAGAAAAAAGAGUGCAUACUUCAUAGAAAUGAACAUGCCAAGGUGGACGUCAAAGAAAGGCUUGAAAACUCUGAUAUCAAGAAAAUACUCAACACUGACAAUGAUUUUCAAGUUUUUACUGUAAGUUCCAAUGCAUUCUUUGACCACGAAUUAAAUCUUGAACAUGGUGAAACAGGUAAAAUAUAUCCAUUGCCUUUAUUUUACUAUUAUAAAUCCCAAAGCUGCAGGAUUGAUCUGAGGAUUCUUAACCAGAACAUCAGGAGAGAACUGACCAGAGAUUAUGUCAAUGAAGCAAAGGGAGUUUUGUCCUUGAUCCAAAGUGUUCAACUGGAUACAGAAACGAAAACGGCUGAAAUGAAAGCCAGCAUUCACACGGAAUUACAGAAGAACCUACAGGAGGAACGAACUAAAUUGAAAAAGAGUUUUGUCAACAUUCAUAAUGUUCUGGAGCAGUGUCUCUCAAAGGGAGUGGAAGAAUCAGUGCAAUCAUGUGUUACUGCCACAAAGGACACGAUAUUACAUAAUAAGGAUGGAAGAAGAUUCCAUAGAAUCCUUCAAUCUAUGUGCAAGAAUGGUGGAUGCUAUUUGCCGAAAAAUAGGGAUGAAAAACUAUACCUAGACCUAAACAAGGAAUUGGCCAAAAACCUGCAUGCAUGUCUUCAAGAUGAUUUCAACAAGAUUUUCCCUGUGGAUGUAAAAACAGGGAAGUCACUGCAGGAGGAGAUUGAUAAGUUCAGUAUUAUCCAGAGUGCCUCUGCUCAUCCCAGAUCUUCAUUGCAACGACACAUUCAGAAAUACAUCAGAACAGAGGAAACUAAACUGAAGGCAAGUCUCAACAGAGAAAUUGUUGAUAUAAAGACGGAAAUCUACUCAUCAAUCCACAAAACUAUUGAGAGGGAAAUGGCUCCUCACUAUAAAAAAGCUGCAGCAGUGACUGGAAUCGGAUCCAUGAAGAAAAGGCAAGAAAUGUUGAUAACCUCAGUCGACAUGAUAAAACAUGACAUGUUCAACAAUGCAAAAAAGGAAGUGCUUAAAAGGUUCAAUAACUUAAAGCUGUGCAUAAAUGAUGAUCUUAAAACAGAACUGAAGAAAUCAAUGGAACUCUCACUGUUACAACCCAGCAAAAUCACAUUAAUGGAUGUUUCCAAAGAGACUGAACAGCUGGAGUCACUGUCAGGACAACUGGAGAGACUUUCAGAGCAAUAAAAUGCCCAAGAGAAAUGGCACAAUUAACAGAAGAAACAAACACGUUAAAAUGUACGGUGAAACAUAAUAUUUUUUCUACUCAAUUUUUUAAGACUCAAGUCUUUAAAACCUCAUCUUUUCUCAUUAAAAUGACAUAUUUUCUCGUAAUGUGUAAUUAAAUGAAUUGCGUUCAUAUUCUGGGCUCAACUGCUUUGCUUUACAUAGUAUGGUUUAUUAGUAUGAUGUUUACUGAGUUUGGUCUUUUAAUUUCACUGUCUUAGUACAUUAAAGGAUUAGUUCACUUUUAAAUAAACUU